UUCCUAUAACAGGUUGCCCAAGUUCACUUGAAAGCUCUCAUCUCUUCUCUAUCAUCUUCACAUCAACUCGCUCACAUCACUCAAGAAACCACAAUUCCCAUUCUACACCUCCCCAUCCACCAGUCCACCACCUAAUCCAAAAUGUACGCUACCCACAUCCUCCUCAGCCUCAUCGCCACCGUCUCGGCAAUCGAUGUCUACGGCUACCGCAGCAACGAAAAGUGCAGCGGCAACGACUACAUCGUCUGCCGAAACGUCAACCCAGAAGUCUGCUGCACCCGCGCCUCGGGCGACGUCUUCAAAAGCAUCGGCUUCCGCGCCAUCCCGACCAACUGGAACAUUUACGUCACCCAGUCCAACGGCGCGGAGAAUAUCUGCUGCGGCGGGAGCAACUACUCUGGCGGCAACUAUGGCUUCGUCACCAAGAAGCGCUCUGAUGGUACCUGCGCCGCUGCUGGGGGCUGCGCUUCUGUUGCUAGAGGCGACUUGACGGUCUUUGAGAAUGGGCCCGAGUUUGACAUGACUGGUCUUGAUGAUGCUCUUUACACUGAACUGGUAAGUACACCCGUUAUCCAUGUUUCUAUCUGGGAGAAUGGUGGAAGCGCGGAUGAGAUCCCCUCCAAGUUCGAUGCCUACAAGCUUGAGUAG